CCAGCACCAACAGGCACUACCGGUUCAUCACCUGGACCAACAACUGGUAACCCAACUGAACUCCUGCACCGUCUACACCAUCUCCCACAGGCACUCCAUCGACAUCAAAACCAACACACACUCCAAAAACAAAAAAACCGACAACUACUACACCAAAACCAACUACUACACCUAAACCAACUAAACCUAAACCAACUACUAAAAAAGGAAUGUGCUGCAAUUACAUGAAAUGUCAAGAGUGCAAAUACAAUCAAAGAUGCGACGGAAUGAGCUCAUAUCCCGAUCCAUGUAAUUUAAUUAGUUACUUCUGCUUUUGGGGACUACUAUUAGCUAAACCAGUUUAUUCUCUCCCUAUUAAUUUUUUUUUUCAAAUUUUGAGUUUGGUAUAA